CGCGGGGUUUUCAGGAAUAUAAAGCCUGGCAGCCAUGCUGACCAGCUUUAUGGAAGGCCUUCUCUGCUGCCUGACCUCAAAGUCUGCCAACGUUGUGGUUCCCGUAGAAACCUCCGAACCUGCCGAUGGCUACGAGUUUGUGGAGGUGAAACCAGGCCGUGUCCUGCGGGUUCGACAUAUCAUUCCUGACCGGGCGGUGGUGGAGGAACCCACCGGGCAGGGUGGGAGCGUCAGCUGCAAACGAAAGAUCACAGUAUAUCGUAAUGGACAGCUAUUCAUUGAGAACCUGGGCGACAGGGCGAGUGCAGAGCUGAAAAACUGUCCGAAUGGAGAGACAGAACCUAACAGCACUGUAGAGGUUGAACUUACAGACUGUGGUAACUCCUCACCGCCCGUCAGCAUCCCUGAGGCAGGAGGAGAGGCACCUGCUGCUGGACAAACUGACCAGUCCCAGCAACCCAGGAAGCGCAGGCGGAAGCCCAAGCGUACGGUGGUGAUUGAUUGUGAGAGGAAGAUAUCAUCCUGUAAAGGGACGCACACAGAUGUGGCUCUGUUCUUCAUCCAUGGAGUAGGAGGCUCACUGGACAUCUGGGGGAGCCAGUUGGACUUCUUUUCUCGGCUGGGCUAUGAGGUGAUCGCCCCGGACCUGGCAGGUCACGGAGCCAGCUCAGCACCACAGAUAGCCGCAGCGUACACUUUCUAUGCCCUGGCUGAGGAUAUGAGACUAAUCUUCAAGAGAUAUGCGCGCAAGAGGAAUAUUCUCAUAGGACAUUCUUAUGGUGUGUCGUUCUGCACGUUCCUGGCCCAUGAGUAUCCAGAGCAGAUCCACAAGAUGGUGAUGAUCAACGGAGGUGGUCCCACAGCUUUGGAGCCCAGCCUCUGCUCCAUCUUCAACCUGCCCACCUGUGUGCUUCACUGCCUCUCCCCGCUGCUGGCCUGGAGCUUUCUCAAGGCUGGAUUUGCUCGGCAGGGUGCCAAGGAGAAACAGCUGCUGAAAGAGAACAAUGCCUUCAACGUGUCGUCCUUUGUGCUGCGCGCCAUGAUGAGCGGGCAGUACUGGCCCGAGGGGGAUGAGGUCUACCAUGCUGAGCUCACAGUGCCCAUCCUGCUGGUUCACGGCAUGCACGACAAGUUUGUUCCUGUUGAAGAAGACCAGCGCAUGGCAGAGAUCCUCCUAUUGGCCUUCCUGAAGCUGCUGGAGGACGGCAGUCACAUGGUCAUGAUGGAGUGUCCCGAGGCUGUCAACACACUCCUGCAUGAGUUUAUCCUCUGGGAGCCCGCCGCCCCUCCACCGCCAAAGAAAGAGUCCAAAGCACGACCAGAGACUGCCAAAGCCCAAUCUGACGACACCAAGGCUUCGUCUGAGCCCGGCAAGGUCCGACCUGCAACUGCCAGGCAAACCUCAUCAAACAGCGGCGCGGAGGAAAAGCCAGACAGCAAGGCCAAAAAAUGA